AUGCAACCCAAGCCAGCCUACUGUCUCUCUUUGCAGGUUGUGCUUAGCAACUUCACGGCCGGUGAGAUUGAAUAUACAGAAGACUGCCUGCACCUGAACGUCUGGAGCCACUUUGCACGCGACGAAGACGUUGCGUCAGUGGUUGUGUGGAUUCACGGAGGCGGCUUUACGCAGGGCUGCGCUAGCUUCGACAAAUACACUGGGGCAGCCCUUGCUGCCAAGACUGGCCUCGUUGUGGUCACGGUUAAUUACCGCCUUGGACUUUUCGGUUCCCUGGACGCCAACAGCCCAGAAGCCCCAGGAAACGUGGGUCUUUUAGAUCAGAACUUGGCUCUCAAGUGGAUCCAAGAGAACAUCCGCGAUUUCGGUGCAGACCCGUCUAGAGUGACUAUAUUUGGAGAAAGUGCUGGUGGAAUGAGUGCCCACGCGCACAUGCUGUCUCCCAUGAGCCGCGGUCUUUUCCAAAGGGUGUACAUGAUGAGCGGAACUCUGCACACUCUAGAUUUCUUUGAUGGCGCACACGAGAGCAUCAUCAAAGGUAAUACUGUUGCCGCAGUUGUAGGCUGUUCGGGUGGAGAUCGUAGCUUGGCUUCCAACCCUGAGGCUGUGAUCGACUGCUUGAGAACCAAGAGUGCCGACGAAAUCCUACUGGCGGCAAGCGAAGCACUGGCGCCCAAGAUAUUUACGUUCUUGCCAACCUACCACAAUGAAUUCCUGCCGAAGGUGCCUACCGUGGCAAUCAGCAAGGGAUUCUUCAAUGCCGCCGACAUCGUCCUUGGAGUCACCGAGGACGAAGGAGUGCUAGCGCUCAUGUAUCCUCUUAGAAGCGAGCUGUUGCCGGAUGACGUGGAAGAUUUGGAAGACAAAAUGUUUAAGCACUCGCUGCACGAGGGCAUAUUUUCGUGGCUAAAGAUGAACUUUCCGGAGAUGCUGCAAAAGUACACAGCUGAUGCCCAGGACAAAGCGUCUUUGAGGCGCGGCUAUGUUGACUACAUUUCUGACUCUGCAUUCGUCUGCCCGAUGCACUUCACGGCAGAGAAACAUGCUGAGCGUGCUCAGAACGUAUACGCGUACGUCCUUGGCCACAAGUCAUCAAAGAACCCUCUUCCUUCUUGGAUGGGGACGCCGCAUGCUUUCGACAUCAACUACAUCUUCGGUGUUCCUCUUAUUGACCAGGACCGCUUCGAUGCUGAAGAUGCUGCUGUGUCUGAAGUUGUGCUUACGGCGCUGAAGACCUUCGCUGAGACAGGGUGA